CCCACGCCGUGCAGAGCCCAGCUGGGCACCGGCUGCCCGCUCCCAGGGUUGGCCUUGGGCCGGGGAGGGGCUCCGAUAAAGGGGGGAUUUAAGGCUGGCGGACGCCCCGUGCCACCUGGCCGAGCCCUUGAGCACAAUGCUUGCGCUCCUCAUCCCCCUGCUGCUGCUGGCUGGCGGCUGCCACUCUGCCAUGCUACCCGGUGGGUCACGGGUUGUGAACGGGCAGGAUGCGGUACCGUACAGCUGGCCAUGGCAGAUCUCACUGCAGUACGAGCGUGACGGCACCUUCCGGCACACCUGCGGGGGAACCCUCAUCGCACCCGGCUGGGUGAUGACGGCCGCACACUGCAUCUCCUCCACGCUCACCUACGAGGUGGUGCUGGGUGAGUACGACAUGAGCUCCGCCGAAGGCCCCGAGCAGCGCAUCCCCGUGGCGGCCGAUGACAUCUUCGUGCACCCCAAGUGGAACAGCUUCUGCUUGGCCUGCGGCAAUGACAUCGCCCUGCUGAAGCUGCAGCACAGUGCUGUGCUGAACGAUUAUGUGCAGACGGGGCAGCUGCCACCUGCGGGCACCGUGCUGCCCAACGGCUACCCGUGCUACCUGAGCGGCUGGGGGAGGCUGAGCACGGGAGGACCACUGCCAGACAAACUUCAGGAUGCUCUGAUGCCUGUGGUGGACCACGAGCAUUGCACGCAGCCUGACUGGUGGGGCAGCCUUACCAUCCGCACCACGAUGGUCUGUGCUGGCGGCGCCGAGCAGGCCGGCUGCAACGGCGACUCGGGCGGCCCCCUGAACUGCCAGGCUGAGGAUGGGCACUGGGAGGUGCACGGCAUUGCCAGCUUUGUGUCUUCACUGGGCUGCGACACUCCAAAGAAGCCCACUGUCUUCACCCGCGUCUCUGCCUUUGAGGACUGGAUUGCUGAGACCAUAGCAAACAACAGCUGAGCAGAGCAGCAGCGACCUCCGUGCUUCACAGCGCGCAAAUAAACCCACAGAGC